CGCAGAGGUUCUGGUAGGCCGGGACCAUUGCCUUCUUCCCGCGCACCGUCUUCAAAAUGCCAUUUCGCGUACCUAAGGCGUGGUCGAUCUCGAAGGGCGCCCCACGGGAGAAGCUGACGUAGAGAUGCAAGUAUCGAUCGAGAGGCAUGACUUCCCGGAGGAAGUCGGCGACAGGCAGUAUGUGUUAGUGGACGUAGCCGUUGGGUCGUCAGUAGGUACACAUCAGAGGGGAAAGGUCCGGGACGCGUCGUCCGAGUACCUGAUUUGUUUGGAGAUGGCGUCGAUGGCGAAUCGUGGAGAUAAAGAGAAUGCUCCUGAAGUAGCAGGCGUAGAUAUGGCUUCGGAGGCGGGAACCGCGGCUCCUCGUGCUGGCAAGGGCCGCGGUCGUAAACAGAAGGAGAAAAAUGCAAGCGCUCCGGUUAGCAAAUUGGUGGAUAAACCUGUCGAGAAAGCGCCACCACCUCCCACUCCUGGAAAACUUGCUCUGCAGCAGCGGAACCAGCAUCUAGAGAGCGAGGUUGUCACAUUGACGGCGCAGCUUGAAAAAGUGCUCUUGGAAAAGGAAGAGGCCAGAAGCAUGCUCGAGGCCAGCAAGCAGAUGAGGAAGAAACAGACAAAGAACACGGCGAUGGCGUUUGAGCCGAGGCUGGAUGUUGAGAUUCCAGUGCAGCCGACGGCGGGCGGCGGUGAAAAAGCCAAGAAGGCGGAGAAGAAGGAUCCAAGGAAGCCUAAACAGCCUCUCACCGCUUUCAUGUUGUGGGCGAAGGACAACCGUCAAAAGAUGAAGGAUGCAAACCCCAAUUUGGGGUUUGUAGAUUUUAGUAAGCUCGUUGGAGAAGCUUGGAAAGCCGUGCCGGAAGCGGAGAGGAAGCCCUACGAGGUGGCUGCAGUUUCCGAGAGCGAAAGAUAUAAGGUCGAGAAAGAAGCCUAUGAUAAGAUUAUCCAGAAAGAGAAGCAAGAAGAGGAGGCGUUGAGAGUUUAUAGAGAGCAGCAGCGGCAGGAAAUGGCGAUGCAACUCAUGAGUCAGUACGAAGAGCACCAGGCGAGUCUGCAAGGUGCCAAGGAUGGAAAACAUAAGAGAAGUGAGCGUGAUCCCGAGAAGCCAAAGCAGCCACCGUCAGCAUUCUUUUUAUAUGCUAAUGAACGCCGCCCUCAGCUCCAAGAGGAGGGCAAGUCCUACGGUAUCGGAGAGAUUGGAAAACUUCUUGGCCAGGAGUGGAAAGAAAUGCAGAGGAAGAUGAAGCAGGUGUAUGAAGAUAGAGCGAAAGAGCUGCGGGACAAGUAUAACAAGGACAUGGAGCUCUACAAAGAGAGAAAGCAAAAGGAAGAGGAGCUUGCACGCAGCGAAGAGAUGCAACGGGCCGAAGAACAGCGUAGGGAGGCUAUCAGGAUGUACGAGACUAAGCGUAAGGAGCAGCUGCGUGAGAAGAGCGCACUGGAGCUACUGAAAAAGACGGAACAGGAGGCAGCAGAGGCCAAAAAAAGGGAGCGGGCAGAGGCUGCUGCAGUCAAGAAGGCUGCCAAAGAUCCGAACAAGCCAAAGCGACCGCAAACCGCAUUUCUCCUCUUCAGCUCUGAGGUUCGCAAGCAAGUACAGGAAUCGAACCCGGGGGCGACCUUCGUCGAAGUGAGCAAGCUCACUGCUUCUCUGUGGAAGAAUCUGGACGAGGCGACGAAGAAGGAAUACGAAAGCAGAGUUGCCCCUCUAUGGAAGGAGUACGCUGAGGACAUGAAGGCGUACUCUGCAUCAAGUGCUCCCUCAUCCUAAGUGGUUCCUCUUGCCCGCUAUAUCGAAGGAGACUUACUCGUCGCGGGCUAUCCCGACAUUGCUACCUUUUAUACCAACUUGUCGAUGAACCAGAAAGAGGUCGAGAGAGGAGUUGCCCCGCGAUGGACGGAGUGCAAGGUGUCCCCCUCCUGUCGACUGGAUCCCCUUCCCCGCGGGACCGGAGCCGUUGUGCCUGUCCUCAUCGUCGUUUGCCAGCAGUUGAUGCGCUGCUCGACUUUCCUUAAAUCAGUUGAAGAAGGCGGGGGGGAGACAUCGGGACACAGGCAGUGAGAAACUGAGAAGCGGAGUUGUGUUGACUCUACGUGGCUGUUGGAAAUGUAGAAAGAGGAGCUGAUUGUUAGUAAGUUGCCGGGUCUGAUGGACUCCGUUGUCCUUUUCCUCGUUUUUUUCGCGUGUUGAUGGUGAGUAAAUAAACGACAAGAAAAAAAAAGUUAAGAGCUGACAGGGGAAAGGACUUGUUUACUCUGUCGCUCAUGAAAUCACCCUCUUCCCUAUCCCUGUUCUUGCAAGAUGGCAAGAGAGCGGGCGUGCGGCGCGCUUCUCGUUCUCCAGAAGCGUAGCCUGGCAUUAGCUCCCGCAGCGUCCAUGUGUGAGCGCCAAAGAGAGAGUGGUUUGCCCAGGUGCUGAGCUCGUUGUAUGUGUACUCUAGAAGAAGAGGCAGGGGAGGGUAAACUCGGGAUGCUCGGGCGUCGUACAUAGUGAUACCAGUCGCUGUGGGCGUGCCAAACAGCGAACGAGGAAUUGUUUGUCCUGUGGAAGCAGUCUCGUCUUCCUCGGUGGAGGGUCUCAACGGAAAAGCGCUUCCAUUUGAUGUUUGGAGAUGGAUGAUCUUUCACGACACGGGUGGUCGAGCACGUUUUAGCAUUCUCAUCGUUUUUUAUCGGUCUUGGGGUCGAAACAGGGUAGGUGUCCCCGAAUUUUUUUAUCGGUGCCGGGGGAGUUUGACUGCAGUGCACGCAUGUUUACAGGCUUGGUGGGUGGUGUUCAUAUUCAGACGGUUAUUCAUAACUAGCAAACGCAGAUAGAGGAACGUAGUAGGUUCGGGUUCGGGCAAGAAAACAGAAGGACAAAAAACGGGUGCGGACGGGGGCUCUUGUGAACGGCCACGAAAAGGGGAAUGCUCACGUUUUCAGAGAGGACAAGCAGUUUUAUACAUGGUAAAUGCGUCGAAGGCACUGGAUGGGUAGAGAGGGUUAGCCAUCGGUGGCUCCGCUUUGGGAUUUGUUCUGCUAUUUAAAUUUGCUCAUGCGAAUGAAUCUCGCACCCAAGC